AUGGUUACUCCGAGAUCAUGCGCUCUCUUGCCGGGUUUCUUUUUGGUGUUUGUCUGCGCCACCUUCUACCUGUACGUGCUGAGCACCCGCCUGCGCCCGGGCCGAGGACGAGAAGCCGAGAGGUCCUUGGUGUUUCCUUCAGAUCUGGAUGAACUCCGUGAGCUGGCUGACUUUCUGCAGGACUAUAAGAGGGAGCACCAGUCAUAUGUCGCCCUCCUGUUCUGUAGCGCAUACUUGUACAAGCAAAGCUUUGCCAUCCCAGGAUCCAGCUUUCUGAAUCUACUUGCUGGGGCGCUGUUUGGACCAUGGAUGGGCCUGUUUCUAUGCUGCACGCUGACAUCUCUGGGUGCCACGUUCUGUUACUUACUGUCUCAAGCCUUUGGAAAACAGAUUGUAAUCAUGUAUUUUCCCGAGAAGGUGUCCAUGCUGCAGAAUAAGAUUGAAGAAAACCGCAGCGGCCUGUUCUUUUUUCUACUUUUCCUGCGUUUGUUCCCAAUGACGCCUAACUGGUUCCUGAACCUCUCUUCACCCAUACUGAACAUUCCAGUAGGACAGUUUUUCUUCUCUGUCCUCAUCGGUCUCCUACCCUACAACUUCAUCUGUGUCCAGACAGGCUCCAUUUUGUCAAAGAUCAAAUCUUUGGAUGACAUGUUUUCGUGGGGAACACUACUAAAGUUAUUGGCAAUAGCGCUUGCUGCUCUAAUCCCUGGCACCAUUGUCAAGAGGUUCAGUCACCACAAGCUGGAACUAAAAGGAAAAGAACACCUGAUGAAUGGCAGAAAAUCCACGUGAAGUCUUCUCCCUCCACACAGAACCCUUAUUGUAAGCAAUCUCAGAGACACUCAUGAAAAUCUCUUCUUCUUUCUAGACAGGUGACCACAUUCUUCGGUGUGAAUUCCGCAGUGGAUCAUUUUGUCUAAAGUCAGGUAUUCUUAGCGUCUCUUGUACACAAAAGUUUUCAGCAUGAAAGUCUUAAUUCGACCGUGGGUCGUCUGUGCCGAUCCGGCACUUUUUAAACAGUCCUUUUGUAUUCAUAGUUUCUAGUAAGAAUUUGUAGAGUUUGUCUUAUGAAUGUAUUUUUACCUCUUGUCUAUUGUCAGUUUUAUUUCAUAUUGAGGUUAUAAAAGUCCACCUAAGGGAAAUGCAUUUUUGAAGAGCAUAUGUGCCCGCUUGAGUGGUGAGACAGGCAAAAAGCCAUCCACUAAACAACCCCAAAGCGAUCUUCUGUUCCCCCUGACCAUAUGCUAAAGAGGGCAUGUGAACCCCCUUAGUGUACGUACCUGAGUCUGAGCAGGAGGAAGGAGCCCUCUCGGCUUAUGAGGAGUGCUGAAAGUGCUCACGUGCCGUCAUUAGCAUGCAAUGCAGAGGAGUUUUUGGCCUCUCGGUCCGAAGACUGGGGAAUGUGUUGUAGGUGCACCCACAAAACCCGGCCUGCCCUUGAGCAGGACACUAUAAUAAAUGGAUGCAUCGGUUUACAAAUUAUCUUUAGCAUUCUCUCAUGAUUGUAGUCCCCAUAGUGAAUGUGAUAUGCAGCAGAAGGUCACAUCUAUGAUUAUUUAUUACAGGGAUGUUGUGAUGUCUUUCUAGAUUUGGUAUAUUACACAAGGAACUGUUUUUGUGCCUCUAGCCUUACUUCCAAGUCU